CGCCGCCGCCGCCGCCUCGGGCCUGCGAGUCCUCCCGGGGCGGGAGCGGCCUGGUCCCCACCAUGAGCAAGAGGAAGGCGCCGCAGGAGAACCCCAACGAGGGCAUCACGGAUUUCCUGACUGAACUGGCCAACUAUGAGAGGAAUGUGAACAGGGCCAUCCACAAGUACAAUGCUUACAGGAAGGCAGCCUCUGUGAUAUCGAAAUAUCCAAGCAAGAUCAAAAGUGGAGCUGAAGCAAAGAAACUGGAUGGAGUUGGAGCUAAAAUUGCAGAAAAGAUUGAUGAGUUUUUAUCUACUGGAAAACUACGAAAGCUGGAAAAGAUUCGACAGGAUGAUACGAGCUCUUCUAUCAAUUUCCUGACCAGAGUCAGCGGUAUAGGGCCUGCGGCUGCCAGGAAGUUUGUGGACGAAGGAAUUAAAACUCUGGAAGAUCUAAGAAAAAAUGAGCACAAACUGAACCAUCAUCAGCAAAUUGGAUUGAAGUACUUUGAAGACUUUGAGAAAAGAAUUCCUCGGAAAGAGAUGUUAGAGAUGCAGGAAAUCGUUUUGAGCGAGGUAAAGAAAGUGGACCCCACGUACAUUGCUACAGUGUGUGGCAGUUUCCGCCGAGGUGCAGAAUCAAGUGGGGAUAUGGAUAUUCUUUUGACCCAUCCAAACUUCACUUCAGAAUCCUCCAAACAGCCAAGGCUUUUGCAUCAAGUGGUCGAGCAACUGGAAAAGAUCCACUUCAUUACAGAUACGCUUUCGAAGGGAGACACCAAGUUCAUGGGAGUGUGUCAGCUCCCAAGCAAAGAUGAGGAAACUGGUUACCCUUACAGGAGGAUUGAUAUCAGGUUGAUUCCCAGGGAUCAGUAUUACUGUGGAGUUCUGUACUUCACUGGAAGCGACAUAUUCAAUAAGAACAUGAGAACCCAUGCUCUGGAAAUGGGCUUCACCCUCAAUGAAUACACAAUCCGGCCCUUGGGGGUCACCGGAGUUGCUGGGGAGCCCCUCCUUGUCAACAGUGAGAAGGACAUCUUUGACUACAUCCAGUGGAAGUAUCGCGAGCCAAAGGAGCGGAGUGAAUAACUGCUCUCCCAAUCCCAGGCGCGUUGAAAAGCUAAUUUCUUAGGCUGAGGUGGUGGCAAUCUAGCCUGAGACUGUAAUUUAUUGCUCAAUCCUAUUGGGGAAGUGGGUGUGUGCUUCGUUUUUAAAUGCCUUUGGAACUUUGCAUGAAUUAGCGUGUGCUGAAAUUAAAAUGCUAGCUGGUGUA